AUGGCGUCGUCUGUGGCGAGCGAAGGGCCGAUGCCGCCGCCCCCGAAGGAGCCUUUGGAGUAUCCAAUUCGUUUCGUACGGCUCGAAGACCCCGAUGAUGAUACCGAGGCGUCCGGCAGCCCUCACGAGGACGUCGAGGACGACGGGAUCACCCUUUUUACCGCCCUUCGAUGGCUCCUGCCGGUGUACGAACUUGCCGGGUGGAUCACACGACCCUCCAAAGAUGACGACUCCGCAGCGGUCGAUCCCGGUGGAAUUCCCUUCCCGGAUGUGCGGGAGGCCCUCGCGUUGCUCCCUCGCUUUCGUGCUUUCUUCGACAUCCAACCCACCUUAAUUCCGCAACACACGGAGCUUUAUCACAUCGUGCAGGGCCUCACCCUUCCUACCCCACGCGGGCCCCGCACGAUCACCCGCGCGAAAGUCGAAGGCGAUCAUCGCGCUCAGUAUACGAACCCGCAUCAGGGCCUUUCCACGAUUACGAACUCCACCGCCUGCUUUUCCCUUCUCCCCGGGCAUAAUCACUUUCUCGUGCAUUACGAACCGCGCGCGCGGUUGGGGUGUUGCACCUACCUCCAACUCGACCAACUCCGCUUCGCCUGGGUCGCGGUGCGGGAGUUGAUCGCCGAGGGGAAGGUUUUCCACCGCCGCGAUGGCGGCCUCACCGGGUUCGCCCGACGCGACCUUCGCAAGAAUAACCCCCCCCCUUCCGGCGCCGUCGAAACCGCCGAGGCGGAUCGAAAAGGAAAGAAACCCCCGGGCGAAACCGCCGAAAUCGGCCGGGGCGGCGGCAACGCGCGGUUGCAUCAGGGAACGAGCGGGAACGUCGUCGUCGCCGCCCCGCGCGCGGCCGUGGAGGAGCGUCGGGCGAUGCAGCAAAAGCGGUUUGUGAAGGAGGACCUCCUCGCGGAGUGCGCGCGGCGGUGGCCGCACACGCCGCCGGCGAAAAGCUGUCGUCUCGUCGUCGACGAGCGCGGCGCCGCGGAGUUGACGGAGGCGGAGCGACGCGCCGCGGGGGUGGACGGGGGGAAUGGGGGGAAACGCGGCGGGCGACGGGUCUUUCGCGCCGCCGUGGAGUUGCCGUUGUUGAAUAAAAAAGGCGGCAUCGCGCGAUUUAGCGGGGAGCGGUGGUGGAUUAGUCGCGCGGAGGCGGAGAGCGCCGCGGCCGAGGUCGCCCUCAUGGCGCUCCACUCCAUGAAAACUCAUUCGGUGACGUAAAACUCACAUUAGGGGGGGGGGAGGAGAAACGGGAUGUAGGGGUGUGGUUUCACCUCCUCUAAUCACAAUAAAUAAUAAAAAUCACACGAUACGGUUUGUGUUCGUUGGGUUUCUGAAUGUCGUUCUACACGUUGCUCCGGGAACCCGCAUCCUUUUCCCACUUUUCUUCCUCUUCUAUAGAAUUACUAAAAGACUCCUAGUUUUUAGUCAUCGCAUGGAAGAGAACAUUUUCAAACACAUAAUGAUGAAUUUUAAACCAGCAGGAUCCCUCGAUUAGAUUUCUAAAAAAAAAACAAUGGAAAUCUAGGAGGUGGUUUCCCCCCUCAUCCUCGGUGAUACCAAGUCUUGUUGACACCCUUUUUCUUGGUAUCACUCCCAUUGCACCCAUUCUUUCUGGAGGGGGAUCCAUUGUCAUCUCUUAUGGGUUUGGUGGGAAUCGAUUAUCAUACUUCAAUUUAUUGAUUUUUGGAAAUGGGUGGGAUGAGCGUUUCUCUCUAAUUGAAUGUAGGUGUGCUCCACCGAAUCCUUUUCCUUUCCAUUAGCAACCGUAUGGAAAACAAAAGAAAAGGUAAUCGUUCUCGACUCCUUGCUUUCUAUUCUCCUUUGGCAUCACACACUCACUUCAUCCGCACUUAUUCUUCCGCUGAAAGCGAAAACACGACAAAUUUCAGGUGAAAUCCAUUUCGACGCAAUGAAACCUUUUACGAUGCUUUAUCCUCCAUGGUAUAUGCCGGCCACCUCUUGGUGGUGCGGCGGGCCACUGACAAUCGGCGAAGCUAAGCACCUGCAUGCCUUUUUACUUUUACAGAGGCAUAUAGGCAUGUUUAGUGGUACGAAUAUGGCACUCGACAGGGGUCUCCUCAGAGGCUGCCCAAGCGGAUAAAACACUCCGAUUGAGCACUGUUAACGUUUAUCUGGUCUCCAGAUAUACAGCUUCAAA